AUGCGUCAAGCUCGCCAAGUUGAAGCUGCUAGGUUAUUCAAGGAGUAUCUCCGCGCUUGGGAUGUGCAUCGGUUACGCCUACUCGAUAACUUGGAUGCCUCCAAGAGAUGUCGUCAGCCGGUGGGGGACGCAAUAGUUUGCGAUGAUAUUGUCCGUGUAUAUCGUCCAUCUGCCAAGCUUACUAUGUCGUGGUCCUCCCGCUUGUACAAAGUUAUGGAGAUUCGUGCUCAGAUAGCCAGGCUGAGGCCUGAGUGUGCCAAGGCUGGCCAGGCAGAUGAGGUCCAGUAUGUCUUCAAUCUCACUCGUGCUACCGAUGUGGAUCCGGAGGAGGUAGCCGACAAGUUCGCUGAAGCCCCUCUCCUGCCGAGAAGUCGCGUUUGGACACCGGCUGUUCCUCCGGUGCCUGCUCCAAAAGAUCCUCAACAGUCAGCCGAUCGUGCGGCUAGGGUUGCUCGGAGGGAUGCUCUACGCAAUUCUACAGGGGCUGUUGGUAGCCUCCGGACUCUGAGGUGA